AUAAAAUAUAUAUUAUAUUUUUUCCAUCAUCUCUGAUGGAGCCAAAAUUUCACCAUUUUUUGGCUUUGGGGUGUGAUGGAAUAAAUCAAAAUGGAUCUCUAAACUGUCUGCGCUUCUUUAAUUAAUGAAGUAGCAGUUAGUCAAGCAAUGCAACUUUCGACGUUGAGCCGGGGGUCUCUUUGGAAACAGCCUCUCUACUUUCGAGUAGGGGCAAGGGAGGUGGAUUCAUUGUAUUAAAUCGAGGAAAAUAAUAAUUCUUCAACAUCAACCAAAAAAUUCGAAUAUUUAUUGGAGUUUACGAGGAAUGCUCCCGAUCCCGGAAGAGCGGGAUGAACGAUGCUGAUAAUCUGCAGCAAGCCACCGCUCGGUAUCAAGAUGACGGACUCCAAGGCAAGGUCCCCGUCGAUCUUUGGAGAAUUUUAAGCCGUUCCCCAAAUGGCAACAACUCAACAACCCCCGAGGCCAGAUCGUCAAAGAAAAGAUUCUCCGCCACUAAGGUUGAGGCUGAUGACACUAUCGGCUUGUCGGAGCAAAUGUCUCCCUUCAACCUAGACGACUCCGAUGACGAGGACCCCAUUCCACGACCGAUCGGAAGAAAGAAGGCAAAAUCUAUUGCCUCGGGUUUUGUAGGGUCCGACUCUAUUUCUUUUCACGACGAUAUCGAUCAGGCAAUGGUUUAACAAUUUUGAGUGUUCAAUAUUAAGGAAAAAGAGAGUGAGAAACAAAGGUAAUAGAACAAGAAGCUAGAAAUAAUGAAAACGAACCUUCAUACGUUAACGGGCUUCAAGUGUACUCCCUCCGCCCAAAAACUCAUUCACGUUUCAAAAAAAUUGUGUCCCACAAUCUCCUUCCCAUUUCUAUUAAAAAACUACUUUUAUCCCU